GCGGAGCAGUUGACACGACACGAGCGGAGAGACUUCUCACCAACCUCACUUUUCCAUUCGCCUCGCCGAGUUCACUACCACCACUACCAUGAAGGCCGCUAUCAUCCUCGCCGCUGCUGCCUCGUCGGCUUUUGCCGUCGAGUGCUCGCUCGACCAAUUCAUGCCGCUUGUCCCGAUCGCGACGGACCCGAACGGCCCGUUCGCCAAGUGCGCUGCGGACAUCCAGAAGCCGGUGACCAACCUCAUGAAGCCGUCGUGGAUCCCGGAGGACCUUGCCACGGUCAAGCUCUUCGGCGCCUCGGACAACUGCAAGAACUUCUUCGCGACCGUCACCAAGCACAUGGCCACGAUUGCGCCGCCGUGCACGCUGACGCAGAAGACGGGCCCCACGACGUCGGAUGUCGCGGCCAAGCUUUCCUUCGACCAGGCCAUCAAGGGCUGGACUGCGUUCUACUCGCCGACGGACAAGCCGACGGACGCGCCCAAGCCGACGGACCCGACGAAGCCGACGGAUGCCCCGAAGCCCACCGACCCGACGAAGCCCACGGAUGCUCCCAAGCCCACGACGGCUGGCCCGGCCCCCGGCCCUAACCCGGUCCCCGCCGGUUGCACGGAUGUCUCGGUCGUUGGCGAUGCCACGUAUUGCAUUGCUGGUCCCAUCUGCUCGGGCUCUGGCCUCCUUCCCGCUGGCACCAAGUGCCCCAAGAAGGGUGACCUCGCUUCGAAGGACUGCCACAAGCACCUCAAGAGCUACACUGAGGGCGGCAAGUGCAUUGCCCCCGCCGACACGGUCUGCGAGAAGAUCCCCUCAGGUGCCUACGGCUGUGUCGUCUCGAAGGGCACGGCCGCCCCCACGCCGGCUGCCUCGACUCCGUUGCCGACGCCUGCUGCCUCGACGCCCGUGGCCUCGACGCUCAAGCCCACGCCGGCCCCGACCAAGCCGUCGCUCCGCUUCUAAGCGUACUCCAUCCCUGAAGGAUACCCUUUCUACUUGAAGUCGUUGUCGUGAUGCCGCUUUCGCGAGUACUUGUCGAACUGUUUAGCUUAACUUUCCACCAACGGAAUAUAUGCUGAAUGAUGUUCUUGCCCAU